AUGAGGCCGCGGACACGAGCUGCCCCAAGCAUUCCACCGGGCAUCGAUGCACUGCACCAGUGCUAUGGAAGGAGGUUCAGCCACACGUUCUACAAAAACAUGGCGCUGGUGCUCACGUUCUUCACAUAUGCGCUAUUUCACGCGACAAGGAAGCCGCCGAGCGUUGUGAAAAGCGUCUUGAAAGGGGACAAGAUCACAGCCGCCAACAAAGCGCUGCUGUCGGACGCCGAAGUGGCCAGCAGCCUCGGCUGGGCGCCGUUCAACGGGCCAAACGGAUCGUCGCUGCUGGGCCAGGUGGAUUUGUCGUUCCUGGCGGCCUACGCUCUGGGCAUGUUUGUGGCGGGCCACAUCGGGGACCGAACCGACCUGCGCCUGUUCCUCAGCGGCGGCAUGGUGCUCAGCGGCUUGCUGACCACGCUCUUCGGCAUGGGAUACUUCUGGGACAUCCACGAGAUGAGCUACUUUGCAACAGUCAUGGUGUUUGCGGGCGCGUUCCAGUCCACGGGGUGGCCGAGCGUCGUGUCCAUUAUGGCAAACUGGUACGGCAAGGGCAAGCGCGGCCUCGUCAUGGGCAUAUGGAACGCUCACACCUCGGUCGGCAACAUCGCCGGCACGGUCGUCGCCGCGGCCUGCCUGCAGUACGGCUGGGGCUACAGCUUCGCCGUGCCGGGCGUCGCCAUCAGCGUGCUGGGGGUGCUGGUGUACCUGCUCCUGGUGGUGUCGCCGGCUGAUGUGGGGCUGGCGGCGGCGGGGUCCUACGAAGCCGUAAAGUCGACGGACGAGCCGCAGCCGGACGAUUUCGAGGAGCACCCCAAGGCGGGCGCCGCCGCAGAGUCUGAGAGCGUCACCCUCUGGGAGGCCUGGGCCAUCCCCGGCGUCGCGUCGUUCGCGCUCUGCCUCUUCUUCUCGAAGCUCAUCGCGUACACAUUCCUUUACUGGCUGCCGUUCUACAUCAAGUCAACCCCCAUCCAGGGCCGCAUGCUGUCGGCCAAGCAGGCGGGCGACCUGUCCACCUUGUUCGACGUCGGCGGCGUCGCGGGCGGCAUCCUGGCCGGCCACCUGUCGGACAAGACCGGGGCCAGCGCGCUGGUGGCGACGGGGUUCACGGCCGUGUGCGUGCCGGCGCUGUGGCUGUACCGCGCGUACGGCCACCUCAGCCUGGCGGCCAAUGUCGGGCUGAUGAUGGCGUGCGGGUUCCUGGUCAAUGGGCCGUACGCGCUCAUAACGACGGCGGUCAGCGCCGACCUCGGGACGCAUGAGAGCCUGAACGGGAACGCAAAGGCCCUGGCCACGGUAACCGCAAUCAUUGACGGGAUGGGCUCGAUCGGCGCGGCCAUCGGCCCCCUGCUCACGGGCAUCAUCGCCGAGGCGGGCGGCUUUGAUGGCGUCUUCAUGAUGCUGUAUCUUUCGGCCAUUGCAGCGGGGGCCCUGCUCAUUCGGUUGUGCGCCAAGGAGCUCCAAGUGCUCCGGGGCCUGAAGGGCCACAUGCGGACGCCUUCCGGCGUGCAAUUGGCAUCCAAGGCUUGA